AUGGCAGCAUUUACAUUCUUGGUAUUAACACUGCUGGUCUGCAGCAGUAGCCCAUGGGUGGACGCCAAAGAUGCAAUUCAGGGCUAUUACCACGCCUGGUGGGCCAUAAUUCCCCUCCCGAAAACCACGGUUCAGAAGAUGCUUCCAGCAGGUCGUUCGAUGGCCUUGGCAGAUGUUUCUCUCCCCGGCCUCGGAGCUGACCAACAUCCCGUGGUUCUAGAGAUUGGUACGGAACACAACGCAGGUCCCAUCGGCAUCCCAACAUGGCUCCUCCCAACCUUCCCCGAAUUCAAGCUAGACAUCCCUUACCUGAUUGCUAGUGCGCCCUCCAGCGACAGCGCAACCACAAACCUGAACUAUAAGUCCAUCAUCUACACCGAUUCCAGCAUCCUGAAUGCUGCUUCGCGGUUGCAGUACAACCUAAACGCUAGCAAGGCUGACAUGAAGCAAACUGACAACAGUUACACCGUCAACUUCGAUGGCCACACAUUUACUGCCAACUUCGAGUCGUCCGGGAGCUACCAGUCCCCAGACAAAUUUCCCAAUUUCAGCACUUACAACCACAUCAUGUCACAGACGUGGUUUGGGUCCUACCAACGCGAUAGGAAGACGUGUGCGGAUCACCACUACCAGUUUGACACCAUACAGGUCCGACCCGCAAGCAUGACCGUGCAAGCUGCAAAGGGCGUUCUAGACGUCCAUUUUCCAGAGGGUCAGAUCAAAACACCUGAUCUGACAAAGGCACUGGGUACCGUAGAGGUCUUGGCGCAUUUUACCAUCACUCAGCCCUAUGACUGCCUUCCCAACUAGAAAAAAAUAUGCUCACGAACCUAAAUUAGAUUUUUGAUUGCAUGAUCGUAAGAGUACGUGAAAACCUCAUUAAUACAUGUAACUAACGAAACUUAACUGAAGCAAACAAGAAAACCAAUUGCGGCGCGGAGAAACCCCCUCCCCCAAAUUGGGGGGAAAUAGAAACAAUAGGUUACUCAAAAAGGGAAAAAUCUAGAAACUUUUCCACAAGUUUUUCCAUAAAUUGCAUAUUCUAGAAGGGGGAGGGGUCACCAUUUGACAUCAGGUGUCUCUGUGCAUUAUAAUCUGGUAUGCAUAUAGUUAUUUACAUCAUCAUGCGCGCUUUGACGUCCAUUAUAAUGGAUGUUCCUCUUGUCCACGUUUUCAAGAUUUUCAGAACUUCAACCUUUUUGGGGGGAUGUUCAACACAAACAUCUAGGGAUGAUCCAUUGGCCAAUCCACCAGUCAUGAAGGAUCGAUAACGCCCGUUAAAAGGGAAAAGCGAGCCCUAAGCGAAACUUUCUUCACUGGCGGAAACAAUCCCUUCCUAGACACCAAAUCAAAACAAGAUACUGAUCACUAGUUGAUACUGAUCCUCCACCGUACU